AUGAAUAGUGCAUUACAGUGUUUAAGCAAUGUACCACAAUUAACAAAAUAUUUUCUCACGUCAUCUACUAAUAGUAAUAGUGUUUCUCGUACUUAUUCAAACCUAUUGAAAGGUUUAUGGACAACAAACAAUACGCUAUCUACUACUCCUGCUUUGAAAUCAUUGAAAAAUGCGAUUAGUGGAUUAGCACCCAUAUUCACAGAUUAUCAGCAACAAGAUUCACAUGAAUUCAUGAAUGUUCUAUUGAAUGCAAUACAACUAGAACACAGUGACAUUGAACGUUUAUUUCUUGGAAAAAUUCAAUCGACUGUUAUCUGUUCUAAAUGUGGAGUACCAGACUGCACAAUAGACGAUACAAGUUUUCUUCAAUUACCAUUGCCACAAGAGAAAAGCAGAUUGACAACUAUAUCUGAUUGUGUGGAAGAAUUCAUGAAAGAGGAUGAUUUAGACGGACAAUGGCAUUGUUCAACGUGCAAUGGAUUACAUGAUGCUAGACAAAAAUCUGAUAUUUAUUCACUACCAGAGGUGUUAAUUAUUCAAUUGAAACGAUUUAAUCAUGAUCCAAAUCGUCUAGACAAAAUUGAUAUAAAUAUUGAUUAUCCAUUGUAUAAUCUCGACUUGACGAAGUAUGUUAUUGAGAAACAACAACAAACGUGGAUGUAUAAUCUUGUAGCUGUUUCUGUUCAUCGCGGACAAUUGAGUGGUGGUCAUUAUGUAACAUACGCAAAGAAUAAAGACACGCAAGAAUGGUAUGAAUUUAAUGAUGAGCAUGUCACACGUAUAAACGAUGAGAGCACAGUCAAGACAAAAGACGCUUACGUUUUAAUUUAUUUAAGAAACGAUUAA